CCCCUAGACUUCGUCGAAGGCCACCAUCGGCAAGAAAACAAGGUAACAAAGAGAAGAAACAGAAAACGAGAGCUUUUGAUUGGUGUGGCUUUUAUGACCUUUCUAAUAACGAACCUGAAUCCAAACCCAAACCCAAACCCCCCGAUCAAUCACUUGUUCUUUCUUCUUCAGGACGAGUCAUAAUGGCCGAGUUGACUCAGAACGAGGUGGCUUACUCGCCCCCCAAGACUAUGCAAGUGUGGAAGGCUUUGCUGAAUUGGCUGGGUUUCUUCUUCCAGAUCUUCGUUCAAAUCGUCAGCUCUCUCGGCCACCAUCCCUUACUCUCUUCUUCUUCUUCAUCCUCUUCUUCCGACGCUUCCUUCAAAUCCUUGCCGGCUGUCGAGUUGCAGGAGCACGACUCUUCCGCCGCCGUAUCCGCCGUUGAAAUCGAUACUCCCGAUUCUGACUCCGACGAUCCUCCCCAGAAGCUAACGGUGGUUCUUGACCUGGAUGAGACGCUAAUAUGUGCAUAUGAGUCGGCGAGCUUGCCGGGGAUAGUUCGGACGCAAGCGACAGAAGGUGGGUUGAAGUGGUUUGAGCUCGAGUGUAUUUCUUCGGACAAGGAAUGUGAUGGGAAACCGAAGGUGAAUUAUGUUACGGUUUUUGAGCGUCCGGGGCUGCAUGAGUUCUUGAAACAAGUUCAUGGGUUUGCCGAUCUUGUGUUGUUUACUGCUGGACUUGAAGGUUAUGCCAGACCACUUGUUGACAGAAUAGACGUAGAGAACCUGUUCAGUUUUAGGCUUUAUCGGCCUUCAACAACCAGCACGGAAUACCGUGAGCAUGUCAAGGAUCUCUCUGGCCUAUCAAAGGAUAUGGGCCGAAUUGUUAUUGUUGACAACAACCCUUUCAGUUUCAUGUUGCAACCUUUGAAUGGAAUUCCGUGCAUUCCAUUUUCUGCUGGGCAAAUACAUGACACACAGCUUUUGGAUGUUCUUCUUCCACUGCUCAAGCACCUAUCGCUACAGAAAGACGUGAGACCUGCGCUUUAUGAGAGGUUUCACAUGCCCGAAUGGUUUCAAAAGCAGGGAAUCCCUUCAACUAGUUGGAAAUAGUAGGAUUGGCAGAUCAAGCUUGCAAUUCUCAGCAGUUAGUUUGUUCAAGGCAGUGUCAUCAUCGACUCCCACAAUUCUUCUGUACAGCAUCACUGUGCACACUGCAAAUUUGUUGAUACAAGGGUGUACUUUCACUAGAGGUCUAAGUGUUGCAUCUCACUGUCGUAUACGGAAGCCAUUAUUUAUUAUGUAGAUCUGUUUAAACCCUGAUUCUUGUGUAACUUUGUUUAUAUGGUUGCUGUUAGUUCUCUUGGAUGCCUUAGCAUUUUGUUAGAAUUUUGUGAAAUUGUUGCCAAUAAUGAUGAGUAGUUUACACAUCCCUCCUCAUCAA